CCUAGCUCACGAUAACCAAACACAGCAAUGUUGCGAUGAAAUAUCCUUGUUGUGCAUUAAAAGGAGAAGAAAUUAAGGUGAUCACAAGUUAACCAGACAGUGUACCUCCUAGGGGAUGUUUUCGCUUGGAAAAGAUGAAGCUGUUGAUGCUUUGGCAACUGUCAUGGCUUGGGGAAACUGUUGCACAUCACAAGUGAUUUUAUUGCACACGACGCAAGUUACUUGCUGCCAAUUUGUAUUCAGGACCAUUGAUAAAGCGGUUGAAAAGGUGACACCAAGGACAGAACGUGGUAAAUGUGUUGCUUAAAUCGGGGCAACCAGUAUAGAGACAUGAAGAAAUCAUUUGUUUCACAUUUGUUGCAUCAACAACCUGAUGGAUUUGAAAUUCAAUGUGGGUGUGAGAAAUUUGUUCCAUAAUGCGAGCUCUUGACUGCAUCUUUUGUCUUGAAACCCUGAGCCAAACCUUCAGAAUGGCCUGGGGGGAUGGAAGGGAAGCAGACAGAACAUACAAGUCAGUGAUGUUAGGGAAAGAAGCUGCUAUCGCUAAAAAAAUAAUUUAUGGCCUGUUGACCUUGAACAACACCAUGUAUGGCUGCCCUCCUGGCUUACUGUACUGAACAGAAGACAAGGCUCACACAGCCAUGUCAAGCAGAACAGUGACUUUGACUGCAAUAUUAUUUUACUUGUGUGACACCUCAGACUGUAAAAGAAGAAAAGCAAGACUGAGGAAACGGAUUUUGAUGGUAAAAUAAUUUAUUUGCAGAUGUGCAACUAAGAAACGCACUCUGAGCGACGCUAACUCAUCACAUUGCCCGAGUUGAAUGUUAGUGGCUUUUUUUUUUAUUUUUUUUAUUUUUACAUGGUGUUUGUCAUUCACUUCUUGAACUCUUUUUACAACACACACUUUCUACUAAGGACCAAGACACAUACUCUGUUUAUAGUAAUGUGUCAAAUCUUCGGUCAUUUCCAAUGACCGAAAAGUGAGCCGAAAGACUUUUGUCACUGAAAUAAAACUGCCGAAACAGGAGGUUGUGAUGACGCAAGCAAAAGCAGCGGCCAGAGCAUUGUUGUUUACACUAUAUUUAAAAAAUAAAUAAAUACAUUUUAAAAUGCUGCGUCCACAUUAAACAAUUGCCCAACCUCCUUGCUUUUCUGCUAUAAACUCAAAUUGGCUACCGGUAGCCAAUUUGAGUUUAUUAAAAGGUGAUUUAUCUAAAUUAAUUACAAAGAUUCAACAAAGAUUUUUUUUUUAGUUGAAACCCACCACUAAUUGCAUGAAAAUAGUGAAAAAACAUUGAAUGAGAAAUUCAAACGCCUCUAAAAUCCUCCAUAACAAAUACAUUUAGGAAAAAAAUAUUUGACAAAAGUACAUGACCUAUUCUACUGCCCACACUGCUAUUCUCACCAAUAAUGUUCCAUUUGCGAUAGUUAAGUCGAGGUUUUAGGGCAAAUUUUGACACAUGGAUGUGUUGGAAUUUCGUCCCGACACAAAAAACUAAAUUUCUCGGGAACCCAACGUCCGAUUUAAAAAUAAUUCCUGUUGUGUAAUACUCAGGUUGAAGUGGUCAUUUUGUCAGACUGUAUUUUUUUUUUUGUGCAAAUGUCACUUUGCUAUUUUUAGGGCAAAUGACAUCUGAAACGUCAAUGUAACUUUGGCGCGUCGACUUGGAGAACCCCCAGUUUAUUAGUGGAAAUUUGAAACUGUAACUUGUCAGCCAAUUGGUGAACUGCUUCCCCGAGUAGCGGAUGAAAUGAAAGGGGCAAAGAGAUAUGUUGAGAAAUAAUCAAGGUAGUAUACUGUUUUACUUUAAAAUUUUUGACCAGAUUUUCAAUAGGUGAUUGAUCACACAAAAACGUUCCCCAAAAAGGAAUUUUUUUCCUGACACAGAAAAAUAUAUUUCUCUGGAAUCCAUCAUCUGAUUUUUGAUUUGUACUCCGGUUGAAGUGGCUAUUGCAACCAGACUCAGCAUUUUGAAAGACUCAUUUUUGGGAAAUCUUGUCAUGCUGCUAAUAUGAUUUUUGGCCACCACAGAACAUGUUGAUAUUAGAAAGCCUGUCUGUGACAGUCUGAUUUCAAUUCAGAGCAGCUACCGAGGAGAAGUCCAGCUCCAGGGUUAUGGGGUUACACAAUGCGUCACAGAGUUCACUUUUGCAUAAAUAUAUUUCAUGGAUAUACUGUACAGCGGCUGAAAUAAGUAUUUAACAGGUCACCAUUUUUCUCACAAAAUAUACUUCCAAAGGUGCUACUGACCUGAAAAUUUCACCGGAUCUUGGGAGCAACCCAAGUAAUCCAUACAUACAAAGAAAGUAGAACAAAUAAGCUCAGAAAUUAAGUUGUGUGUAAAAAUGUGAAAUGACAUACAGAAAAAGUAUUGAACACAUGAAGAAAGGGAGGUGCAAAAAGGAAUGGAAAGCCAAGACAACACCUAAACUCUAUCAAUAAUCAGACAGCACUCCAGCCUCUUGUCAGUGUAAAUGAAUAUCAGCUGGUUCAGUCCUGUUGUAAUUGAUGGCCUACAAAAAGGUCUCCUUGCCAAGGUGUGAGUCAAGACACAUCUCAUGAUGGGUAACGGCAGAGAGCCAUAAAUUUGCCUCAACCAGGUGCUCCUCUCAAGAUUUCUGACAGAGGAGUGCAAAGAAUAAUCAGAAGAGGUGUCAAAGAGCCGAGGACCACGUGUGGCGAGCUUCAAAAAGACCUGGAAUUAGCAGGGACUGUUGUCACAAGGAAAACUGUGAGUAAUGUCACCCUCAAAACACCAUACCAACAGGGAAGUUAGGAGAUGGCAACAUGAUGGUGUGGGGCUGCUUUCCAGCAAAUGGUACUGGUAAACUUCACAUUAUUGAAGGAAGGAUGAAUAGGCAAAUGUACUGAGACAUUCUUGACAAAAAUCUGCUGUUAUCUACCAGCAGCACGUAAAUGAAACGAGGGUGGACAUUUCAGCAGGAUAAUGAUCCAAAACAUAACUGCCAAGGAAACUCUCAAUUGGUCUCAAAUAAAAAAAUAAAGCUGCUAGAAUAGCCCAGGCAAUCAUCUGACUUCAAUCCAAUCAAAAAUCUAAGGAAAGAACUGAAACUCAAGGUCCAUAAAAGAACGGCACGGAACCUUCAAGAUUUGGAGACUGCUUGUGUGGAGGAAUGAGCCCAAAUCACACCAGAGCAAUGCAUGCGACUAGUUUCUCCAUACAGGGGGCGUCUUGAAGCUGUCAUUGCAAACACAGGCUUUUGUACAAAGUCUUAAAUAAAUACCAGUUGGCGUGUUCAAUACUUUUUCCCUGUCAUUUCACAUUUUUACACACAACUUCAUUUCUGAGCGUUUUUGUUCUACUUUCUUUGUAAGUAUGGAUUACUUGGGUUGUUACCAACAUCUGGUGAAAUUUUCAUCUCAAUAGGACCUUUUGGAAAUACAUUUAAUGAGAAAAAAUUGUGACGUGUUUAAUACUUAUUUCAACCGCUGUAUUUUACAAAACAUGUUAAGUGUAGUCACCAUGUAACGAGUUGAAGUUCAUGGUCAGGUCUCAGUGCACCUUGUCCAUGCUGUCGUAUGAGUGAUAUGAUAAUUUAUACGCCUCAGUCGUGCUGAAGGUGAAAGACUUUCUUUCAAGAUCUUCCUAUUCUGUCUGGGACAGCUAGAUUAAAAGCUUCUCCACAAUGAACAGUCGCAUGCUGUGUUUCAAAAUGGCAUCCUAUUAUUUGAAGUGGAUCAUUCGCCCCUUAGACUUCUGAGGUGACAUCAUGUCCACUGUCUGAGUCCAUCCCAGAAACUCUGCAGAUGCACUGGGCAUUUGGUUGUCUCCAUUACGGCGGUAGUAAGAGUUUUCGAUUAGACAAGAAAGCACUGCCUAUGGCUUAUUUUUGAAUGCCUCUUGCCGUGUAAUCAUGUCGUUAAUGGGUCCAUAUUUUGGAGACGGGGAUUUGUUGGUUCAACGGCUCUGACCUCCAACUCCAUUCUUUGCACUGAGGACUUAAGCCCUUCUGUUUUUAGCACCCGGACUUCCCCAUGAAGAGAAGAUGAGAGCCAUCGCUUGAGCUGUCUGAUUACACAAGUCACUGACGAACUCGGCUUGUAACUAGCACAUUCCUUUUCUAUUAUUUAAGAGGAAUGCGUGUCCUCCAUGCAUGCUUCAGGACAUCAUAUGCGGGAUUUGCUCAAGGCAGAUCUCGAUUGUACUUGUAUGGAGAAAUUCAAGUUGUAAUCUUAUGAGAUCAAGCUUAUUUUUUUUUCAAGAAAAAAUGUCGUAAACAUACGAGAAUAAAGUCAUAUUUUUUUGAUAAGUCGUUAUCAUUUGAGAAUGAAGUAUUUUUAUAAGUCAUAUUGUUUUGAGAAAAGUUCAAAUUUUGUCAAGAUAGUCAUCAGAUCGUUAUGAGUGUCUAUUUUUUCCCGUGGGAAUCCCAAGAGAUAAAAUAUUGGCUUAUUCAUUUUUUUGUUGAAUUGUAAUCUUUUUCAGAAUUGUCGUAUUUUCUCAAUGUAGUUGCUGUCAUACAAGAAUGACGUUGUAUUGAUGGAUAAAUCAUAAUUAUUGAAAUUAGUCAUAUUUUCGCGCGAUAGUAUAAUACAAGAAUGAGGGAAAAAAAUUGUUGUGGCAUCAUUAUGUCCCACUUGUUUUUUUUAAGACCAUGUGCAGUAGAAGAGCUGCCUCACUGUAAACCGCUCUGAGUUUCAAAGUCCAUGUAGUAGUUUUUCAGGAAAACAUUUUAAAUUUAAAAGAAUAAAGUCCCAUUUUUUUGUUAAAAAAAAAAAAAAAAUGUUGCAAUUGUGCAAGAAUAUUGUCUUAUUUUUCCGUGGGAAUCAAAAGAAAAUAAAUUAUUUUGUUAAAUUGCAAUCAUUUGACAGUCAUAGUUUCUUGAUAUUUUUAUUUGAUUAUUAUUAUUAUUUUUGAUUUUUUUCCCCUCUAUAAAAGUCGGAAUCUUUUGAGAAUAGUUGUUUUCUCAAAAUAGUCACCAUCGUAUGAGAAUUUUCUUUUUUUGAAGGAGUAAUCUUUUGGGAAUAGUCAUAUUCUCUCUACAUAGUCAUUAUGAUCUCAGAGUAAUGUAAUAUUUUCUCAAGGGGAAAACAUCAAUCAUACAACCCCAAUUCCAAUGAAGUUGGGAUGUUGUGUUAAACAUAAAUAAAAACAGAAUACAAUGAUUUGCAAAUAAUGUUCAACCUAUAUUUAAUUGAAUACACUACAAAGACAAGAUAUUUAAUGUUCAAACUGAUAAACUUGAUUGUUUUUCAGCGUAUAAUCACUAAUUUAGAAUUUUAUGGCUGCAACACGUUCCAAAAAAGCUGGGACAGGUGGCAAAAAGACUGAGAAAGUUGAAGAAUACUCAUCAAACACCUGUUUGGAACAUCCCACAGGUGAACAGGCUAAUUGGGAACCGGUGGGUGCCACAAUUGGGUAUAAAAGGAGCUUCCCCGAAUUGCUCAGUCAUUCACAAGCAAAGAUGGGGCGAGGUUCACCUCUUUGUGAACAAGUGUGUGACAAAAUAGUCGAACAGUUUAAGGACAAUUUUCCUCAACAUACAAUUGAAAGGAAUUUAGGGAUUUCAUCAUCUAGGGUCCAUAAUAUCAUCAAAAGGUUCAGGGAAUCUGGAGAAAUCACUGCAUGUAAGCGCUAAGCCAGAAAACCAACAUUGAAUGCCCAUGACCUUCGAUCCCUCAGGUGGCACUGCAUCAAAAAUCGACAUCAAUGUGUAAAGUAUAUCACCACAUGGGCUCAGGAACACUUCUGAAAACCAUCCAUUUACUUCCUUUACUGCUUAUCCUCACUAGGGUCGCCGGCGUGCUGGACCCUAUCCCAGCUAUCUUCAGGCGGGAGGCAGGGUACACCCUGAACCAGUCGCCAGCCAAUCGCAGGGCAUACAAAAGAAACAACCAUUCACACUCACAAUCACACCUACGGGCAAUUAAGUGUCUCCAAUCAACCUGUUUUUGGGAUGCGUGAGGAAACCGGAGUGCCCAGAGAAAACCCACCCAGGCACGGGAAAGACAUUCAAACACCACACAGGCGUGGCCGGGAGUCGGCCACCGUGCCCUUCAGAAAACCAAUGUCAGUAAAUACAGUUUGGCGCUAUAUCCGUAAGUGCAACUUAAAACUCUACUUUGGAAAGCAAAACCCAUUCAUCAACAACACCCAGAAACGCCGCCGGCUUCUCUGGGCCUGAGCUCAUCUAAUGCAAAGUGACUGAUGGAAAGUGGAAAAGUGUUCUGUGGUCCGACGAGUCCACAUUUCAAAUUGUUUUUGGAAAUUGUGGACGUCGUGUCCUCCGGGCCAAAGAGGAAAAGAACCAUCCGGACUGUUAUAGACACAAAGUUCAAAAGCCAGCAUCUGUGAUAGUAUGGGGCUGUGUUAGUGUCAAUGGCAUGGGUAACUUACACAUCUGUGAAGGCACCAUUAAUGCUGAAAGGUACAUACAGGUUUGGGAGAAACAUAUGCUGCCAUCCAAGCAACGUAUUUUUCAUGGACGCCCCUGCUUAUUUCAGCAAGACAAUGCCAAACCACAUUCUGCACGUGUUACAACAGCGUGGCUUCGUAGUAAAAGAGUGCGGGUACUAGACUGGCUUGCCUGCAGUCUAGACCUGUCUCCCAUUGAAAAUUGUGGCGCAUUAUGAAGCGUAAAAUACGACAACGGAGACCCCGGACUGUUGAACAGCUGAAGCUGUACGUCAAGCCAGAAUGGGAAAUAAUUCCACCUACAAAGCUUCAACAAUUAGUGUCCUCCGUUCCCAAACGUUUAUUGAAUGUUGUGAGAAGAAAAGGUAAUGUAACACAGUGGUAAACAUGACCCUGUCCCAGCUUUUUUUGGAAUGUGUUGCUGCCAUAAAAUUCUAAGUUAAUGAUUAUUUGCUAAAAAAAAAUAAAGUUUAUCAGUUUGAACAUUAAAUAUCUUGUCUUUGUAGUGUAUUCAAUUACAUACAGGUUGAACAUGCGUUGCAAAUCAUUGUAUUCUGUUUUUAUUUGUUUAACACAACAUCCCAACUUCAUUGGAAUUGGGGUUGUAGAAAAUAGUGUUUUUAGAGUAUCUAUCUCUGAGGAAGAAAAGUUAUGAAAUUACAAGUCAUAUUUUAACAAGUGGAUUUAAAAAUUCACACGUCAUGCAUCCAUCCGAGCUAAGCAGACAGUGGUACUAUUGCCAACUAAUACUACUUUUGUACACGACCGGUCAAAGGUUUGGACACAUUUUCUCGUGCCAGUGAAUGAGAAAUUGUGUCCAAAUUUACUUUUAAUGGAAAUUACUGCUUGAUGAGGAUAGUAAGCAUGCUGCUUGUUGUUGAAGUUUUCUUUUUUGGAAUGAACGAUCAUUUAAAAAUCAAAAAGUGGUGGUAAAUGUACCCGUAGAGCACAAAUGUUGUUCCUUCUGAAUCGUCUCGGCUGCCUGAGUUCCGUUUGCUCUGUUUCUGUUUGCUUGUUUUAUCCCCUGUUGUUAGCAAAUGCGGGAUGGAAUUUUUUUUCAGAGGUGUAUAAUCAAUCCAUAGUUUCAAGAAAACUCCUGAAACUCAAGGCAAUAGGACAGGGCGAUGACACGUCGUGUAGCUGCUAUGAGUGCACGUCAAAUGAUUGACACUGUGCCAGUCCAGCCUCCAGUUGGUUGUUUUUCUUUGGGCACUGUGGUUUCUUCAAAAAUCUUUUUAUUUAUGUAUUUAUUUUUACAGAUAGACUUCAGCUGCCUCUAAAAUCCACCAUAACAAAUGAAAACCAAAAACAGUCAAUGACUUAAGUGCUUUUUACUGCCCAAACAGCUCUUCUCAGGAAUAAUUGUCCAUUUACACUAUUUAUAUAGAGGUUUUGGCCACGUGAUGCGAUUUGAAACGUCACAGUAAUUUUGAGACGUUUACAUGGAGAACCCCUCAGGAAUUUUGGCCCGUACAAGCUCAUUUUAACUGAAACUUGUCAGCCAAUUGGAGGAGGUGUUAGCAGAGGAACCCAAAGGCUCGAGGAGAUUUAUUGAGAAAUAAUCAAGUUAUACUGCUUUUACUCUGAUUUGAAGGUGUUUCUUGACCAGGUUUUCAUUCGGCAAUAACACACAAACAUUCCCCAAAAAGGUCUUCCCCACCCCUCCAACACAAAAAAAUGUAUUUCUCCUGAACUCAUUAUCCGAUUUUUGAUGCAUUAUACUCACGUUGAAAUGGCCAUUCCAACCAGUCUCAGUUGCCAGGCUUAAAAGACCAACUAGAAUAGCUUGAAAAAGAAGGGCAUUCUGGGCAUUUCCAACCCAAAUUGUCUUGCAAACUUAAUAAAAGUGCAUCAAAGAUCAUGAAAAGAAAAUGAUGGCAUGGAACAAAUACACAAAAUAAACAAGGACAUUUCAAAUUGCCCCCCCCCCCCCCAACUCUUUUGAAUGGUAGUGUGUAAACAGAUACUGAAUAUACAGAGGUGUGUUUUCAUGGAAAACAUUGUCUUGGUCACUCCAAAAUUUUACAUAUAUUUAUUUCUUUUCAGUGUGGCCUUACUACUCCUAAUACUGUGUUGGAGAUCACAUCGCAUUGAACAAGUAAAUCUAAUGAAGUCGACCAUAGUCGCGCAUGACUUUUUGCCUCUGAUGAAAUUAAUGCAUUGAACAUUGAUGAAUGUUUGAUCGAUUUUUACCCCUACAGAAGCUAGAAAUAAAGAUGUUUACAUUCCUUUGAAGGCUUAAAGCAAUUGAAAGUGGAGGCAGCAGUGGCAGCUAAGCUGAUCAAGUAGGUCGUCAGCUAACAGUGUUUGCAGGUCGAUCCACUCGCCUGCUUCUCUUGUGCACGUGUCCUUGGUCAAGACACUCGAUCCCAAUUGUUAUUCCAGCACACGCUUCUUGCCGGGUGAGUGUGUGUGUGUGGGUGUGGGUGUGAGAGAGCGAGAGCGAGACAGUAAGACAAAUAAAAGUGCUAUAUCUGUCAUCACUGUCGGGCGUAAAAUGUUUAUGUCCAAAUUUGAUCAAUUUAAUAUUUUUUUUUUUUUUACAAAUAGAUACUAUUGGUCAGUCCCCAUGCGAGUUUGUUAUUUUGGCUAAUUUUUAAGUGUUGAAAAUGCCAUGUUCUCUGUAAUCAUGUUCAACAAAGACGUGUUUUUGUUUUCCUGCCAAUGCGAGGGUUCUGCCCGACAACAGCGAAAUGUUCCUGUAGGUUCAUCGUCUUCACAACGCUGUAUGGACAUUUUACCAUGACUUCACACAUACUUCCGGGUGGCAAAAGCUGAAGUGAUCCUAAUGCACCAAUGAGCUCAAUUUUAUGCAGCAAUAGUAAACAAAUCGUUAGGUGUCAUUUGACCAAGGCAGAGCCAUUGAGAGAACAGGGUGACAAUGAUUUUAAACUUCUUCUCCGGCAUAAUUUGAUUGUGUGGUGGAAACUCAGACAUACAGUAGUUAACAUGAUCAUUGUGGUACUAGCUAGUUGACUUUUGUGUUGCUCAGGUUAAUGGCACAGGUUUGCUAGGUGUGCCAGGGCUGCAACUAUUGAAUAUUUUUAGACUCCACUGUAUCGAUUAUUCCAUUGAUUAAUCGAAUAGUUGAUUUCCAAAAUAAAAUUUAGCUCAACACAAAGAUAAUUAGUGCAUCGAUAAUCAUGCUUUUGGUCUAAAGCAAUCAGAGAAUAUUUACUGUUGAGAGGCAGAAAUCAGAGGAUUUGGACAAUUUUCAAUAAAGCAAUGGUUCUAAAUAUCCAUCCAUCUAUCCAUUUCCUGAGCCGCUUCUCCUCACUAGGGUCGCGGGCGUGCUGGAGCCUAUCCCAGCUGUCAUUGGGCAGGAGGCGGGGUACACCCUGAACUGGUUGCCAGCCAAUCGCAGGGCACACAUAAACAAACAACCAUUCGCACUCACAGUUACACUUACGGGCAAUUUAGAUUCUCCAAUUAAUGCAUGUUUUUGGGAUGUGGGAGGAAACCGGAGUGCCCGGAGAAAACCCACGCAGGCACGGGGAGAACAUGCAAACUCCACACAGGCGGGGCCGGGGAUUGAACCUCGGUCCUCAGAACUGUGAGCCUGACGCUCUAACCAGUCGUCCACUGUGCCGCCCUGUUCCUAAAUAGAUUAUCAAAAUGAUAAUUUUAUAUUUGAUUAGUUGGUAAUUAAUCGAUUCAUUGUACCACCUCUAGAUUGAGUGCAGGACUUCUUUUCCUUUUUGUACACCUUUCUUUCUUUUUCUAUUUUUUACAUUUUCUUUUUCAUAUUCUUUUUUGUUUUCAUCUUUUCAUUUUCAAGCCCCUCCUUGAGCUGUCACCUUAUCGUGGUGGAGGUGUUUGUGUGUCCCAAUUAUCCUAGGAGCUAAGUUGUCUGGGGCUUUAUGCCCCUGCCAGGGUCACCAAUGACAAACAGGUUCUAGGUGAGGGACCAGACAAAGCGCAGCUCCAAAAAAACUCUAUGAAGAUGAAAACUUCAGGAAGACACUUUCCCUUGCCCGGACACAGGUCAUCGGGGCCCCCCUCUGGAGCCAGGCCUGGAGAUGGGGCUCGAAGGCAAGCGCCUGGUGGUUGGGCCUGCACCCAUGGGUACCGGCCGGGCAAAGCCAUAAAGGGUAACGUGGGUCCCCCUUCCCAUGGGCUCACCACCUGUGGGAGGGGUCAUAGGGGUCAGGUGCAGUGUGAGCUGGGCCGAAGGCAGGGACCUUUGGCGAUCCGAUCCCCGGCUACAUAAGCUGGCUCUAGGGACGUGGAAUGUCACUUCUCUGGCAGGCAAGAAGCCCGAGCUGGUGUGCGAGGUCGAGAAGUUCCGACUAGAUAUAGUCGGGCUCGCCUCCGCACACAGCUUGGGCUCUGGUACCAGUCCUCUUGAGAGGGGUUGGACUCUCUGGCCCCCCCGAUCAGAACCCGAGCGGUGUUCUGUUAUUGGACUUCUGUGCUCAUCACGGAUUGUCCAUAACGGACACCAUGUUCAAGCAUAAGGGUGUCCACACGUGCACUUGUCACCAGGACACCCUAGGUCGCAGUUUGAUGAUCGAGUUUGUGGUCGUGUCAUCGGACUUGCGGCUGCAUGUCUUGGACACUCUGGUGAAGAGAGGGGCGGAGCUGUCAACUGAUCACUACCUGGUGGUGAGUUGGCUCCGAUGGUGGGGGAAGAUGCCGGUCCGACCUGGCAGCCCAAACAUAUUGUGACGGUCUGCUGGGAACAUCUGGCAGAAUCCCCUGUCAGAAGGCGUUUCAACUCCCACCUCCGACAGAACGUUGCUCAGGUUCCGGGGGAGGCGGGGGACAUCGAGUCUGAGUGGACCAUGUUCCGCGCCUCCAUUGGUGAGGCGGCCGACCGGAGCUGUGGCCGUAAGGUGGCCGGUGCCUGUCAUGGCGCCAAUCCCCGAACCCGUUGGAGGACACCAAUGGUGAGGGAUGCCGUAAAACUGAAGAAGGAGUCCUAUCGGGCUUUUUUGGCCUGUGGGACUCCUGAGGCAGCUGAUGGGUACUGGCUGGCCAAGCGGAAUGAAGCUUUGAUGGUCGCUGAAGCAAAAACCCGGGCAUGGGAGGAGUUCGGUCAGGCCAUUGAAAAAGACUUCCGGAUGGCUUUGAGGAAAUUCUGGUCCACCAGCCGGCGUCUCAGGAGGGGGAAGCAGUGCACCAUCAACACUGUGUAUAGGGGGGAUGGGGCGCUGCUGACCACGACUCGGGACAUUGUGAGUCAGUGGGGAGAAUACUUCGACUUCCUCAAUGCCACCGACAUGCCUUACCAUGAGGAAGCAGAAUCUGGGGUCUCUGAGGCACACUGUCCUAUCUCUGGGGUUGAGGUCACCGAGGUGGUUAAAAAGCUCCUUGGUGGCAAGGCCCCGGGUGUGGAUGAGAUUCGCCCGGAGUUCCUAAAGGUUCUGGAUGUUGUGCGGCUGUCCUGGUUGACACGCCUCUGCAACAUCGCGUGGACAUCGGGGACAGUGCCUCUGGGGUGGUGGCCCCUCUUUUUAAGAAAGGGGACCGGAGGGCGUGUUCCAACUACAGGGGGAUCACACUCCUCAGCCUGCCUGGUAAGGUAUAUUCAGGGGUGCUGGAGAGGAGGGAAGGUCGGGAAGUCGAAUCUCAGAUUCAGGAGGAGCAUUGUGGUUUUUGUCCUGGCCGUGGAACAGUGGACCAGCUCUAUACCCUUGGCACAGUCCUUGAGGGUGCAUGGGAGUUCGCUCAACCAGUCUACAUGUGUUUUGUGGACUUGGAGAAGGUGUUCAACCGUGUCCCUCGGGGGUCCUGUGGGGGGUGCUUAAGGAGUAUGGGGUACCGAACCCCCUGAUACGGGCUGUUGGGUCCCUGUACGACCGGUGUCAGAGUUUGGUCCGCAUUGCCGGCAGUAAGUCGGACUUGUUUCCGGUGAGGCUUGGACUCCGCCAAGGCUGCCCUUUGUCACCGAUUCUGUUCAGAACUUUUAUGGACAGAAUUUCUAGGCGCAGCCGAGGUGUAGAGGGGGUCCGGUCUGGUGGCCUCAGUAUUGCAUCCCUGCUUUUUGCAGAUGAUGUGGUUCUGUUGGCUUCAUCAAGCUGUGAUCGCCAACUCUCACUGGAGCGGUUCGCAGCAGCGUGUGAAGCGGCUGGGAUGAGAAUCAGCACCUCCAAACCUGACACCAUGGUCCUCGGUCGGAAAAGGGUGUCGUGCCUUCUCCAGGUCGGGGAUGAGAUCCUGCCCCAAGUGGAGGAUUUCAAGUAUCUUGGGGUGUUUUUGACGAGUGAGGGAAGAAUGGAACGAGAGAUCAACAGGCAGUUCGGUGCAGCCUCUGCAGUGAUGCGGACUUUGUAUUGGUCUGUUGUGGUAAAGGAGCUAAGCCGAAAGUCGAAGCUCUCAAUUUACCGGUCGAUCUAUGUUCCUACCCUCACCUAUGGUCACGAGCUGUGGGUCGUGACCAAAAGAACAAGAUCCCGGAUACAAGCGGCCGAAAUGAGUUUCCUCUGCAGGGUGUCCGGGCUCUCCCUUAGAGAGAGGGUGAGAAGCUCGGUCAUCUGGGAGGAGCUCAGAGUAGAGCUGCUGCUCCUCCACAUUGAGAGGAGCCAGAUGACAACAUCAUGUUUUUGUUGAUCAACAUCUACUCCGUCCUCAAAAAGGCCCAGCAGAGGAUGUACUUCCUGCGGCUUCUGAGAAAGCACGGCCUGCCACGGGAGCUGCUGAGGCAGUUCUACAUAGAGGUCAUCGAAUCAGUCCUGUGUUCUUCCAUCACAGUCUGGUUUGGUGCUGCUACAAAAAAGGACAAACUCCGACUGCAACGGACAAUCAAAACUACUGAAAGGAUUGUCUGUACCCACCUACCCACCCUUGAGGAUUUGCACGCUGCCAGAACUAAGACAAGAGCGUGCAAAAUCCUCUCAGACCCUCUACAUCCUGGCCACCAGCUCCUUCCCUCAGGUAGGCGCUACCGAUCAAUGAAAACUAGAACUAGCAGACAUUCCAACAGCUUUUUCCCUCUUGCAAUCAAUUUCUUAAACACCUAACCUACAAUUCCAUUGCAACAUGCUGGCAAUUUUUUUCUUUUUGUCUUGAGUUUGUUGUCACAUUUCUGUCGGGCCAAUUAUACAUACUGGUGCACUCACUGUAGUAGUCUCGCCACACUGCACUAUUUGCAUAUCUGUUGUUGACCAAUACUGGCCACUCAUGCCAGAGUAGCAUCUGCCUCACUUGCACACUGACUGAGGGGUAUCCGCAACAUUUGCACAAUCAACAUUGUCCCAGAUUAUCGCGCUACUUGUCACUUUAAAAUGCAUACACUCCUUGAAGUCUCGGCGCCCUUUGCACAAUGGUCAUUGCACCGGACUAUUGCAAUAUUAGUCUCUUUCGAACUGCUCUAAGUGCUAGAGGACUCUGCAUCUUUUUGCACAAUUGUCUUAAAAAAAUAAAAUUAAAAAAAGUACCGGCAUUACCAGAUAGCUAUCAACCCUUUAUUGCUCAGUGACUGUUUUUUGUCAAUGUCUUUAUGUCUCAAAAGUGUUCUGUCAAUUGACUUUCUGUUGUCUUACUAAAGCGGCUCCAAUUACCGGAGACAAAUUCCUUGUGUGUUUUUUGGACAUACUUGGCAAAUAAAGAUGAUUCUGAGGUGGCUGGGGCAUCUGUUUCGGCUGGCCUGUGAAUGCCUCGGGAUCCCCCCGGAAGAGCUGGAUGAAGUGGCUGGGGAGAGGGAAGUCUGGGCGUCCCUGCUAAAGUUACUGCCAAGCCAAGACAAUGUAGUAUGCUGUUCUCUCUUUCGGACACAUUAGCAUGCAUUUCACAGGCAGGGUCUCGGAGUUCAAUAAACACAUUUCUAUCUAUUUGCUGAUAGGGUUUUUUAAUCAAGCCGUAUUAUGAUAAUGGUUUUGCAUUGAUGCGAGUUGAUUUGGAAGUAAAGUUGAUGUCCGUUUUUUGGCCUCUAAGAGAAUCAGAUGAGACUGUGGGCCUAAAGGAAUUCAAUGUGCAAGAUUUAAUGUGGAAGGAUUCAUCCCAGAAAAAAAGAAAAGAAAAUUCAUCUUGAUGUAAAUAAAGUGCUAAGAUCAAUGAGCAUUCAAAGUGUGAUGAGAUGGAAAAAUGCUCAAGGCUAUGAGGAACAGUUCACUGUGACAGGGAGUAAUUGGCUUGUGAUCUGCUUUGUGCUUUGUAUUCUUCCACCUUGGGAAUUUUCAGGCUUGGUCUGCUUUAAAGUGUGUCAUUGCGUUCCUCAAACAGGCCUUUAUUUCAACUCUCAGAGGGAAAGUGACGAGCUUUAUUGAUACAAGACUGCUCACAGAUACUAUAUUACAGGGCAUUGGCAUUAAUAAUGUCUCCUAAUUCACCCUAUAUUAAAUAUGUUCGCUUUACCCUAGGCUUUACAUGAUCAGGAUUUUCGGGGCCGAUCACCGAUCAGCAAGUUUAAAAAAACGAUAACCGAUCACAAGAUGGAGCAAUGUGUCCAUUUACAUGACUUGUUCAUUUAUUGUAUAUACUCGUGUACUUCAUGACUUGUUCAUUUAUUGGAUAUAUUUGUGUACUGUAUCCAUCCAGCCAUCCGGUUUCUCUACUGCUUAUCCUCACUAGGGUCUCUGGCGUGCUGGAGCGCAUCCCAGCUCAAAAUUAUUCUCUAGCAUUUUAGACAAAAGUUAAAACAUAAAUGACCAUUCAAGGAUUGGCCACUGAAAUAAGUUUAGGUCAGAUCAACAUUACAACAUGACAGAAGUAAUGGGUGCUAACUUACUGUAAUUAAAUUACGUUCUUGCAAUUAAAUUACUUUAAUAAAUACUGUUAAUGACAUGCUUACUCUUUCUCACUGUCCCGGCUAUAUGGACGGGUGUUGUCCAGAGUUUGCGUCCGGUUGGCUUUUUUUUUUCUUUUUUUCUCCACGCUACGUUGCUUGAACAUGGCAUGCUCCUCCUUGUGUACAUUCUUCAGGUGCCCGAUCAAAUUUGUGUUGAAACAUUUAGAUGACGUUCCCCACAACGUACUUCAGUUGUGCACAGAGUGCAAAUAACUUACGUGUUGUUUGUCUGAGACACCGCAAAAUAGUCCCAAACUGAUGACGUGUUUUUUAACCGACAAGAUUGGAAAAGAAACUUUAUUGGCCGUCAGAUAGUUACAGUACUGUGCCAAAAGACAUGUGACAAGGCUAAAAAUAAACUAGCUUUUGGAUUCAGACGCAACGGCGACGCAGAGUUAAAUGUCUUGUGCGGAGCUGAUCGAUGACAUCAUUGAUCGGAUCUGCGAAUUAUGACAUAAAAGCCGAUCAGCAUAAAAUGCUAAUUAUCAGCCGAUACCGAUCACACCGAUCAGAUCAAGUCUACUUUACCGCAUGUGCAAUUGUUUUGAUUGUUUUGUAUAAGAUUUGAUUGUUAACACAAAUAUUCAUACGUGCAUUUUAUUAAUGUUACAAGUCCACCAACCACAAGGCAGCACCGGUUUCUUGGCUUUUUGUAGUGUCUUCUGGCAAUCGCCAGGCUGUCAUUGCAAAUUAGAAAUUGUUCAGACUGCGGACCACGGAUGUUCCUAAUUUUACACCCAGUUAAAUGCUCUAUCACAUUUUCUGUCUUUCACCCGUAAUUAUAAAUACAGUACAGCCAGUGUGCACGCAUACACAAUUUUGUACAACAGAAAACACUGCAGUGGACACAACCUACUUGUAGAGUUUUCAAAGAAAGAUAAUUGCCAGGGUUUACCAGUCGUUUUUUUAGAUGACGCCUGAGAUUAUGACAACUAUUCAUGUCCGAACAGAACAGAGUUAGAGGUGCAACAAUUGAUUCACUGACAACUAAUCGAUGAUCAAAUUAAAAGCCAACUUAAUUGUUCAGGGACAUUAUUUAAUUGUCUAAAUCCUUGGAAUUUCAGCCUCUCAGCAGUAAAUAUUUUUAGUUUUCUGUAGUCCUUCAUGAAAGCAGAAUGAUUUAUGUUUGUGACUGACCAAUUUAAUACAUUUGAACACAUCUGUUUUUACUUUGGAAAAGAAUGAUCCCAAUUUUUGCCCAUUUUCUGAUAUGUUAAGUACCAAUCCAGUGAUUCUUUAAAAAUAAUUGUAUGUUUGUGCAUUUGAAAUAAUGUCCUGUUUUUUAAUAAGGGGAUGGAAAUAUUUUUUUAUCCGAUUUAUCGAUUAAUAGAAAAAAAUAAUUAACAAAAUCGAUCAUUGAAAUAUUUGUUAGUUUCAGCCCUAAACGGAGUACAGCAAAUUGAGGAUCCAGUAUGUAUGGACGCCUUUCUGUAUGGACCAAAACCUUCUUCGUGAGGUUCUCAUGAAGGGCCGUGUAUAAUUUUAUUGUAAGAAUAUGCUUCGGGCCCCAAAAAACAACCAAAAAAAAAACUCCCCUGAUGUAUUUGUGUGUUAGCCGUUUAUUUUUGUUUUAUUUUGUUUACCAUGGCGAAUGAUGGUUUUAUUAUCUUGCUGUGAAAAAAGUGCUGAUUGAGUUUGCUUGAGGGGAAGGAUCCCCCCAUAUGUUUCCCCCUUUUAACUCUGCAAAUCCAAUCACAUGCCGCUCCUAUCUUCCAUGGCAUGAGGCAGCAAAGUGUGAUCAUGCAGCUGAGUGAAAUGACUUGACGCGGCGUAAUAAACGACAGAGGUUAGACUAAUUGAGUUUCUAGCAUAAUGCCUUUUCUGCCGCCGUUUGUUAUUGUAUUAGCAAGUCCAGAGAAUUAUCCUGCCGCCAGAUCUUUAGUCAAAUGUUGAUGAUCGUGAAAAUAGCAAAUAGACUGAGGGGAAAUGUAGCUAUCAUGAUACACAUGCAUCCGUUCUUUCUCCUUAGCUCACCGUCAUUUUCCUACCAUCGUAUCCUUUUUUUUUUCGUAGCCUAUUCCCUAUCCGUUCCUCGUUCUCCUCACACUCAUCAAAUUAUCCUCCCUUUUCUCCUGCCUAAUCAGGCCAAGGCACCCAGCUCAGCCACGUGUGUGUCCGUGUGCGCACAUGUGUGUGUGUGAGUGCGUGUGUGAAUACAGAGCCUCUGAGAAGGAUUGGGCAUAAACAACACAGGCAAACAAGCCACCUGCUUCCUGCUGAGGUCUCUUGUUAAAUGUGUGGACAGAAAUAGAACUGGGCAACCUUGCAGUAGAAUUAAAGUGGAUGGGACGGACAGGUAGUACAACAUCCUACACUACAACAUCACUUUGUCUCUAAAAGUAAUAUUAAAACAUUGGUAUUCAAAUAUACAGUUCUGGUCAGAAGUUUACAUUGUGAAUGUCAUUAAUUUGUGGCUUUAUUCAUUAGAACUGAAUGAUAAUGUACAAUGUACAUGUUAAAUUAUGUUUUUAUAAAUAACAUUUUUAAUGAUUUGCUGAAAAUUACACACACAGGUUCAAACUACUGCACACAUUCACCUCACCUGUAAUUCGUGGUGCUGAAUGUUCUGUCUUCACAUACAACUAGCGAUGUUCGGUAUCACUAUUUUUCAGACCGAUACCAGUAUGACUGCUCCCGAUAUUGAUACAUUGCUUGAUUGCAUGAACAACCUGAAACUAACGUGUACAUAGAUGAUCAGAAUCAAAAUUAUUUUUUAUUGACUGUUUAAAAAAAGAAGAAAAAAAGUAUGUUAAAAAGCACAAUACUUUGUCUCUAUUUGUAGUUUGGUUUUAAAAUAUAUCUUUUGUGACGGCAGUCCUGGAUGUUUUCUGACACAUCUAUGUCAAGAAAGUCCAUUUGGUGAUAGAUUGACGCAGAACAGUAAUCUCUUAUUUGAGUAGAGAACCAGUAAGUCCAUCCAUCCAUCCAUCCAUUUUCUGAGCCGCUUCUCCUCACUAGGGUCGCGGGCGUACUGGAGCCUAUCCCAGCUGUCAUCGGGCAGGAGGCGGGGUACACCCUGAACUGGUUGCCAGCCAAUCGCAGGGCACAUACAAACAAACAACCAUUCGCACUCACAUUCACACCUAUGGGCAAUUUAGAGUCUCCAAUUGAUGCAUGUUUUUGGGAUGUGGGAAGAAACCGGAGUUCCCGGAGAAAACCCACGCAGGCACGGGGAGAACAUGCAAACUCCAUACAGGCGGGACCGGGGAUUGAAACCUCAGGACUGUGAGGCUGAUGCUCUAACCAGUUGCUCACCAUGCCGCCAACCACUGUUGCUGGGACCUUUGUGCUGUUGCCUUUUUGAAAGUUCCGUUGCCUUUUUGAAGUAACAAGUAUAAGGCUGAGGCACAGCAGAGGCACGUUAUUCCUGAACAUGACAAGAUGGCGGCUGGCUGUCUUGACAUUUCUGAGUACUUAGAAAACAUUCUAAGUUAAGAUAAGAGAGACAUUAAGGAAAAUCGCCUCCUGAUUCCAGGACACUUGAGUUCCCUCUUUUGCGGCAGCGACCAACGAGG